AUAGCACGGACAAUCUACAACUGGCUUAUACCAAGGGAUCGUGCGGUAACCUCUUUGUCGGAUAACAACUGGUCUGUUACCUAAUAGUUGAUCAACCAACUGUAGCUUUUUUUAUUGCUCCACCAAAUUGAGUUAUUACAGCUUGUCAAUGCUUCUACAUCAGUUUGUUAACGGCACACUCGACACUAUGCAUCCUACCACAAGCCAGAAGGACACCACUUUCACAAAAAUUUUCGUGGGGGGUUUGCCUUACCACACCAACGAUGCCUCCUUGAGAAAGUAUUUCGAAGCAUUCGGGGAUAUUGACGAAGCUGUGGUCAUUACAGACAGACAGACCGGGAAGUCCCGAGGAUAUGGCUUUGUGACUAUGACUGACAGAGGAGCUGCUGAGAGAGCCUGCAAAGAUCCCAACCCCAUUAUCGAUGGCAGGAAGGCUAACGUUAACCUAGCCUACCUCGGAGCCAAACCGCGCAGCCUACAGACAGGCAUCUCUAUCGGUGUUCAACCAAUCCACCCUGCCCUCAUCCAAAGACAGUAUGGGUUGACCCAGCAGUAUGUGUACCCCCAGGCCUUUUUACAGCCCAGCCUGGUGCUGCCCUCUCCAGUGGGUUCUUCCAUCACCAGUUCCCCUUACCUGGACUACACCAGCUCAGCCUACGCCCAGUAUGCCUCAGCCGCCUUCGACCAGUAUCCCUACGCCGCCUCGCCGGGCUUCGUGGGAUACGGUUACGCGGCCAGCCCCUCGGCUACUGCUCCCACGGCAACGGCCCCGGCGACGGCGCUACACCAGACCCUCCCCAACGGGGCCCCUCCUCAGGCCCCCGCCGCUUUUAUUCAGUACGCCCCCCAACAGCACAUGCAGCCCGACCGCAUGCAGUGA